UUCAGCACAAACACUAUUAACACCGAUACGAUGGGAGAGGAAAUCGAUGGCAGCCUUGGCUAUGGCUCCUCAUUCCCUUCGGAUCUGGGGUUUGGGGAUGAAUUCCCUGACAUAGAAUCAACGUCCGUGAGUGAAGCAAAGCCUCGGAUAUUGCUUAUGGGUUUGCGAAGGAGUGGAAAAUCAUCGAUACAGAAGGUGGUGUUUCACAAAAUGUCGCCCAAUGAAACGCUAUUCCUCGAAAGCACCAGCAAACUGGUCAAGAGUGACAUCUCCAACAGCUCGUUCGUGCAGUUCCAAGUAUGGGAUUUCCCAGGCCAAGUCGACUUUUUUGACUCAGCCUUCGAUUCUGAAACUAUAUUUGGUGGUUGUGGCGCUCUGGUGUUCGUGAUAGACGCCCAAGACGACUACUUGGAAGCACUGGCAAAACUUAACGUCACAAUCACCAAAGCUUACCAAGUAAAUCCGGAUAUUACUUUUGAAGUUUUCAUCCACAAGGUUGAUGGUCUUUCGGAUGACCAUAAAAUCGAAACUCAACGAGAUAUCCAUCAAAGAGCGGUAGACGAACUCCAGGAUUCUGGUCUUGAUCAAAUCAGUCUAUCUUUCUAUUUGACGUCGAUAUACGAUCACUCGAUUUUCGAGGCCUUCAGUAAAGUGGUGCAGAAGUUGAUCCCGCAGCUGCCAAUGCUUGAGAAUUUACUGAACAUUCUCAUGGCGAAUUCCGGCAUCGAGAAAACGUUUCUUUUUGAUGUGGUCUCGAAAAUCUACCUCGCCACAGACAGUUCACCUGUGGAUAUGCAAUCAUACGAGCUUUGCAGUGAUAUGAUCGAUGUCGUGAUAGAUAUAUCGUGUAUUUACGGUAUGAAGGAUGAAGUUAGUGAUGGCAUCGCAUACGAUAGUGGAUCAUCGUCUGUCAUUAAGCUGAACAACGGGAUGGUACUAUAUUUACGCGAAGUCAACAAGUAUCUGGCCCUGGUUUCACUGCUAAGGGAAUCGAAUUUCGUUCAGCACGGUCUCAUCGACUACAACUUCCACUGCUUCCGGAAAGCAAUUCAAGAGGUAUUUGACGUGCGACAGAAGGCAGCAAGUGAACAAUAAUACUUAGUGGACUUCCAAGUGUAGCACUUUAUGUCGGCAUCGUCGCCUAUAUUAGUAGCCAUGAAAGACAGCUUGCGGCUGGCACACGGGAAUGUGCCAGUGACCUAGGAGGUAACUUCAAGUGCUUAGGGCAUCGAUUGAUUCCGAUCUCACAAGCUGGCUGCACAUAUUUUGUAGAAUAAAGAAGAUCCGAUCAGAA